UUUGGUCACUGUAAGAAAGAAAAAAGAGAAGCUGUCAUUUGUGUGUUUGUGUGUCCAUAUACAAGGGCCUCCUGGUUCCUUGUUAGCUUAUAGAGAGGGGGAAAAAAAAGCGUUUGAUGUUACGUCUGACCAGCUGCUCUUCUCCAUAAUAACAAGAGGGAGAACUGCCUGCCCUGGCGCGUUGCGUCACUUUGCUUCAACUUUAGGCUAGAAAUCAAGAGAGGGAGAGACGAGUUUCAGGGGAGGCAGGAGCGAGCUGCAAAGCCCUGCCGUCGUCCUCCCACCCCUCCACCCACCCACCCCUCCUCCUUUACCCCUCUCCUUUCCCCACCCCCUUCCCCCCCCCCCAAAAAAAAAACUUUUCCAUCAGAGAAAGAGGGAAAUCUCUUUGGAAACAUGGAGCUGCUGUGCUGCGAGGUGGAUCCCAUGAGGAGAGCGCUGCCCGAUCCCAACUUGCUCUACGACGACCGCGUUUUGCACAACUUACUAACCAUAGAGGAGAGAUAUCUGCCCCAAUGCUCCUACUUCAAGUGCGUGCAGAAGGACAUCCAGCCCUUCAUGAGAAGGAUGGUGGCCACUUGGAUGUUGGAGGUCUGUGAAGAGCAGAAGUGUGAAGAAGAAGUUUUCCCUCUGGCCAUGAAUUACUUGGACAGAUUCUUAGCUGUGGUGCCCACUCGAAAGUGCCAUCUGCAACUGCUGGGGGCAGUGUGCAUGUUCCUGGCCUCCAAGCUGAAAGAGACAAUCCCCCUCACAGCAGAGAAACUGUGCAUAUAUACGGACAAUUCCAUCAAACCCCAAGAGCUGCUGGAAUGGGAGCUCGUGGUGUUGGGAAAGUUGAAGUGGAAUCUUGCUGCCGUCACCCCACACGAUUUCAUUGAACAUAUUCUGAGGAAGUUGCCUCUACCUAAAGACAAGUUGCUUUUGAUCCGGAAGCAUGCACAAACAUUUAUUGCCCUUUGUGCCACAGAUUUUAACUUUGCCAUGUACCCACCAUCAAUGAUAGCUACUGGAAGCGUGGGAGCAGCCAUCUGUGGCCUUCAGCUUGAUGAUGGGGAAAGUUCACUCUCAGGCGACAGCCUAACAGAGCUCCUGGCCAAGAUCACAAACACAGAUGUGGACUGCCUUAAAGCUUGUCAAGAACAGAUUGAGUCGGUGCUAGUAAGGAACCUUAGGCAAGUCCGGCAGCAGCAGCAACAACAAAGCAAUCCUUCUAAGACGGUGGAUGAACUGGACCAGGCCAGCACUCCUACAGAUGUGAGAGAUAUCAACCUGUGAGGACAUCAGCACAGAGUGUCACGCUUGCUCCCCCAGCCCUUUUAUUUUUGUUAUUUAGAGUGUUUUUUUUUUAAUCUACUCCCACACAGAAUGUAUUUAAAGCUCUUUUAGCUAAAGAAAAAACAAAAACUGAAUAAUGAAAAAAAACAUAUUUGGUGCCUGUGAUGUUCAACAGAAGGGAAUCCCACAAUAUAUUUGGUAAUUGCUAUUUGAUUAUGUAUCAGUGAUAUUAAAUGCUUAUAAAAGCAUACAAAGUAGCUAGAUAAAUGUAAGCCUGCAUUUGUGGGAACAAGUAUACUUGUCUAUGUAUUAUGACCUAGUGCAUACACCCCUUUUUUAGAAUUAAGAAAGGAAUUGUGUGUGCGAUUUUACAGCUUGACUAGAUUGCAAAGCAAUAGAAUAAGGGGUUAGGGCAAAGUGGGAAAAGAUCCCUGAAGCAAUUGAACCGUUUUGAAUGCAAAAGAGAUUUGCUGAUCUGUCACAUCUGUUAUUAGUCAGAAGUGUUUGUUGGAUCUCUGUAUGUUAGUUUUGUUUACUCUUGCUGUCUGUGGUAGCUGCUACCUAAGAAAGAAGAUGCUUUAUUUUGCCAGCCAGAAGAGCAGGUGUUUUUUUUUUUAAUUCCUCUCUCCCCUCUGACUUUUUUUACCUUUCCUUCAGAAAUGGUUCCUUCUAAACACAGCAGCAUCUUUGGCAUGAUGGCAGUCCCACUUACCCAGUUGUGGGCCAAGCCAGAGUACCAAAUGUUCGUGUUAGAUGGGGGAAAUGCACCGAUUAAUUCCGACCAGUCAACCAGUCAGACCAUCUCCAGCCUUUGGAUUGCAAGAUGCAGUGGAUCAGCUGUGAAAAGCAUUAUGUUCAUUUACAGUGCCAAUGCUUCACGUCAAUGUUAACUUUUGGCAGCUCCUUAGCUUGUCGUAAAGACAAUUAAAUGAUGCUCUGUCCAUCUUCCUUUUUAACAUAUCCUCACACUGUUAAAGAAGAUGAGAUUUGGUUUGAUCCCUCCUCUCGCUAUCCAGUUUCCCCCAGCCAGCCACCCACCCACACACACACACACACACACACUUUUUCAGCAUUUCAUUAACUUUAUUGGUCCACAGUGAGCGUUAUUAUAAACCAUUUCAUUCGAAAAGCACUUUGAAGAUUGUUCCUAAGGGAUUAAAUGAGAUGGUUUAUGACAAUUUUGCCAAGCAAAAAAAAAAGAAAGAAAAAAAAAAGAAAAAGUCACAGAAGCAAAACAUAUCGCUUUUUAUAGUCAAAAUCUUCCAGUAUCUGGUAUACUUCGUUAGUUGUGGUGUUGCUGGAAAUACCAACACCUGCUUCAGAUGACAUUCCUGUCAUGACAUUCCGGAUAAAAGCCUGACGAUUUGUAUUGUUCAGUGUCACAGAAGGAUCUUAAUACCACCUGCAUGUUUAUCUAUGGACAAUGAAAGAAAAUUGCUGGUGCAAAAGACAAAAAUGGUAAACAUCAAGGUGUGUGACUUGGAAUUUUAUUACAAAGGUGUAUUCAGUGUACUUGAAUUUAUUUUUCUGCUCCGUCUGUAAAGAAGAGGCAUUUAGAUGGCAAAGGAGUUGGAGCAAUUUUUUUUUUUUUUGCACAAUUGUAUUAACAGUUUGCAAAUAUACAGUAUGAAGCUGUUGGUUGAAAUGUUAAUGUUUGCAUUUUUUAAGACAAAAAUCCAGAAAGAACAUGCAACUUUGAAGAAUAUUUUAUGAACGGACUCAGCCGUAUUUGGCUAGAUGAGGGUUGAAAAUAGAUUAAGAGUCUAAGUUUUUGUUGGUUUUUUGUUUUGGGGGGGUUUUGGUUUUGGUGUUUUUUUUUUUUUUUUUUGCGCUGCUAAGAAGCUAUGAUUUGUUUCAUUCUUAUUCACAUUAACAGUACUUAGCUGUAUUGUUUCACUGAGUGUGCUGCUAUUUUAUAAACAUUUUUAUAAUAUAUUAUUUUACUGCUUAAGUUUCAAAUCCUGAAGUAGAUGGUUAAGUGGAGAUAUGAUGAGUUCUUUGAUUUACUGGAAAUGCCCUGUACAGUUUUUUUCUAAUAGCGUGUUCAUGAUUUUUUUUAUUUUAUUUUUUCCUUUUUUCUUUCUUUUUUUUCCCCCUUCCUGAUCACAUCCUGCAAAGAUGGUAUAUUUACCUCAGGUUUACUGGACAAAACAAAAUGGUUCCCAUUUUCACAAUACCUCACAACGUGACAGUUUUUUCCGCUGGGAGCCUCAAUGGAAUGGUCAAUGCAAAAGGCAACAUGGAGCCUGUGGUUUGGUGAACAGAGCAUGGUCACUCCGGUUGCAUUGGGGAAACAUUGUAGAAAGCAGGGGCAUUGGCUCCCUUUUGGUCUUAGGUAUCCUUUUCAUAGUGGAAAAAAUACAUUAAUCCAAGGACCUGUCCAAGAGAAAUUUCUGUAUACUUAGGCCUUGAUCCUGGAAGCACUUGCAACAUGAUUCUUCACUGCCUCCCCUGCACAUGGUGAUGUGUACCUUCCCUGGAUGCAAAAUGCUGCCUCUGGUAGCAUUUUACAUCCACUUUCACCAGCUGCCAAAUGACUGCUCAGCAUGCCAGGCAAUGGGAACAGCUGCUUUACUCUCUAGGGUCAUGCUCAUAAUGCUUGCUACAGGAAGUAAUCCCAGAGGGCUGUGGCCUGCUGGCAUUGCCCAGCUGGCCCUGGAGCUGGCCAGGAGACAGGAUCCUCUUCCAAAGAGGGGUUGGAUGCUCUUCUUCUGGUAUUCCCAUUUGCUCCAAAAGAGAAGGUAACAGCAGCAGUCACGUAUGUGCCAUAGCAUAGGCUUCUCAGUUCAUCAGCGCAGAUGUCGCUGAGCAAUUCAUGGUGGUAGAAACAAGACUGGCCCUUCUUCCCCACCUGUAGUGCGAGGGAUGUGGCAGCCCUUGUGCAUCCUCAUAGUUUUACCUGUUCUGCGAUUGUUACGUAGGCCUCAGAGGGGACAGAGAAGUCCUCAGGAUUACUUGCAGUAAUGAGCAUAAACAGUGUUUGCAAAAUCAGGCCUUUAGAAAUAAUUGGCCUAGUCCUACAACCCCCAGUGUGGACUAGAAAAUCAGGUCUAGCAGUCCUGUCUCAGUGGCUGGAUGCCAAACCUCUUCCUGUCCCCCAAAUAGAGACCUAAAUAAUAUUGCUGAGCUGUUUGAACCACAGCUUUUACAUGCUUUAAUGCUGUGUAUGAAACAACAUCAUCUUAUUAGGUUAAUAUUAAAUACUCCUACAGAAAUUUGAAAACUGGAGUGCUCUUUCCACAAACUGUUUCAGUGAUUGUGGGUAGUUCUGCCAAGGCAUUACAGCUUAAGAUGUUGCAUAUCUCCAAAACAGUGAUAGAAUUGAGCAGAUUGCAGUGAUUUUUAAAAAAAUUGUAAUAGUUUUAUUCUCAGAGUGAUGAUUUUUCACCUUGACCAUUUGCAUUGAGAACAUGGAAGAUUUAGAAGUUUUGUCUCUCUUGGAUGGAAAAUAGUUACCUUGUAGAAGUGUCUUGUUAAGCAAGACUUGAACCACAUACAAUAUAUAUAUGAGGUAAUAUUUUCUGACAGAUCAGGUAAUUCCUUGACUGUCUUUGUAUGCAAGAGAUUUUACAUUAAUAUAUGUUGUUUUAUAGGGAAGCAUACCUGAGAAGUUCACAGAUUGUGGACUAAAUUCUAUGCUUGCUCCCUUAAAACAUCAUUGGUUGUAGUGUUGCUCUACACAGAAAGUGUAAGUACAGUGUGCAUCACAUUUAAAGGGUCUACAUCACUUUAUUUGGGCUUGGAGCACUGCAGACAGUGUCUCAACAACACUAAGCAACUAUAGCAUUGGAAUUACAAGGAGCGUAUAAAUCAGCAUGUUUGGUAUAGGUGGAAGUAGUAUUUAUAUUGGUGUCUGCUUAAGGCCUGUUAUUAAGGUGCAAUUCUGAACCACCUAAGUUUAGGAGGUGAAGUUAGACAGGAUAAAUACUCCCUACAAUCAGCUCUGCUGGACUAUGACCAAGACAGCCUGCUUUUAAUGAUAAUGAAAAGUAUUGUGGGAACUUUAAUAAUCACAGUAAUCAGGACUUCUGGUUCUCAUCUCAUUUGAAAGACAGCAUAGUCAGAGAAUUGACACACUUACCAUUUUGCCACCCUUGGGUUUAUUUGGACUCAGAGGGAAGAAUACCACUUGACGAACCAUUGUACCGCUUCCUGCAGUAUUUUAGUUCUCUGCAGAGGUUUCCUCAAGAAGGCUUCUGUUCUGCAAUUUCAUCCCUACAGACGAAUCUCCGUCCAUUCAAGUUCCAUAGAUUUCACUGGAAGCAGGUGUAAACAUGGAGGUCUGCUCUUGUAAUUGUGAUUACAGGAGUGAGGAAUCGGUGCGAAAAUUGUGUUGGAAGUCUCAAUGCCAUUUGCAAUCCCAGUACAUGGUAGGCAGAUAUGUGCGCCAUCUCAACAGUUCGACACAGGUCACAGUGAGUGUUAACAGUGUUCUCAAUUGCAAUGACAUUUAAAAAAUGCUAAUGAUCUAGUAAAACCAGAAGUGUGCUGUAUUUAAGGUAUGUAAAACCUAGAACUUAGUUUCACAGUAGCAUUCAAAAUAAAAAUACGGUAUGUUAAUAUAGCACCCAUUUUAUCUGGCAUUUAAAAAAAAUUAUCGUUUUGCAAAUGGUGUGUGAACUUUUUCCCCAAAUUAUAGAAAUUACAAAGCUUCCUACUGAUUAAUGAUAAAAGUACAUUUCUGACUAUACCUUUGCAUGUGCCAAGUGACUGGCACAAUUGGUAAAAGCAUUUCUUUUGGCUUCCUGUUGACGGUACUUUGAUGAUCUUCCUCUCCCUCCAUCCCAUUACUGUAGAGUAGGAGCACCUCAUAAUCAAUUUAUUUAUAUUCCCAACAUGCUCUUGAAAGAGAAAAAUACUUUUAAUCCCAUUUUAUUGCUGGUGAUUUAUGCUUGAAUAAUCGGACAGCUCUUAAGUACUCAGCAAACCACCCGGUCACUGGAUUUUUUCCACUAUGUUUAUUACCAUGUUCUCAUGUACCUCAGAAAUCACUCUCGGUUGCACAGUUUCUGUUCUCAAACUUUUUUUUUUUUUUUUUGCUUUAACGAGUGUGAUGCCAUAUCAAGUCAAUGUUAUUCUCUCACAAUGUGCUCUUUAAGAGGUGUGGAUGUUUAUAUGGUCAGGGGAUGCUAGAAAGUGAGUAGACAUGAUCAGUGUAAACAGAAGUAUUUAGGAAGUAUGUGAGAUUGUUUUUGAUGGAUAAGACUCUGAAACAGUGUAGUCUCGAUUACCUUAUAAAAGGUCUUCUCUGUUCAGUGUUCUCAUUUUUAUUAAUAACCUGUUGUUUUGACUAGUUUAAAGAUGGUUUUAAGAAAAGUGUUUUGGCGGAAUUAGGUAUGCUGUAUGGACAAUAAACUCACCUUGACCUAAA